GACAGAGACUGAGACACAAGUGGGAACGAGGGACUGUUCAUUUUUAACUGGAAUUGCAGUUUUAAUUGGACAAAAACAUGAAUGUUCAAAAGUGUGCCAGGUGUGGAUUCGUGGUUUACCCAGCAGAGAAGAUAAAUCUUAUUAGUCAGAACUGGCAUAAAUCAUGUUUUCACUGUGAGGUCUGUAAGAUGGUUUUGACAGCGAAUAAUUAUGUCAGCCAUCAGAAAAGGCCAUACUGCCAAGUGCACAAUCCAAAGAACAACACUUUCACUAGUGUCUAUGAGACUCCAAUCAACAUCAAUGCGAAGAAGCAGUCUGAGGCAGUCAGUGAGAAUAAAUAUCGAGAGGAAGGGGAGCGUUUCAUGUCCACUUUCCACUAUGACAUGAGAUCAAAAGAAAUUGAAAUGGCUCAAAAGGCCAGUCAGCUUGCCAGCCAGCAGGGCUAUCAUACUGAGAUUGUGGGCCAACAGUCAUGGCACUCGGGCAGUGUUACCAGCCAGGAAAUUGUACGUGUGAGCCAGGCACAGAAGACCAUCAGUGAUGUAGAAUACAAGCGAGGCCAUGAGGAGCGUGUCACACAGUUUACCUCUGUGGCAGACACACCUGAGAUCAUACAUGCCAAGACUGGAGUCUCAUUGGCCAGUGAUGUGAAAUACUCAGAAGAAUAUCAGCAGUCUAAAGGAAAGGGCAGCUUUCCUGCCAUGAUUACUCCAGGAUAUGAGAUGGCAAAGAAAGCCAACACACUGGCUAGCAAUUUGGAGUAUAGAAAAGGACAUGAAGAAAGAAUGUCAAAGUACACCACCGUGAUGGAUACUCCUGACGUACUUCUAGCUAAAAACCAGGGGAAGAUUGCUAGUGAUUAUGUUUACACUGAGGAGUAUGAACAGCAAAGGGGCAAAGGCAGUUUCCCAGCACACUUCACUCCUGGAUACCAGGUGGCCAAAAAAGCAGGCGAGAUGGCCAGCAAAGUGAAGUAUCAACAGAAAUAUGAGCAGGAGAUUAAGGGGAAGGCCAGCGCUGAUGCUGGGGCUUCAGAGUCUGCUUUGGCCAAAGAGAACGCAGAGCACUUCAGUCAUCAUGCCUACACUGAGGAAUAUGAACAGCAAAAAGGCAAAGGCAGCUUUCCUGCCAUGAUAACUCCCGGAUACCAGAUGGCCAAGAAAGCCCAUGACAUGGCCAGUGAUCUGAAAUAUAAGAAGGAUCUGAACAAGAUGAAGGGAUCUUCUGCAUACCACACUGUAAACCCUGAUGACAACCUGACUUUGAAGAGUGCACGCAAGAUCAACAAGAUCGUGAGCGAAGUUGAAUACAGGAAGGACCAUGAGACCACCAAAGGCCAUAGUAUCAACUAUUGCGAAACACCACAGUUCAAGAAUGUGUCAAAGAUUGCCAAGUAUACCAGCGAUAAUAAAUACAAAGAGAAUUACACCAAUCACAUGAAGGGGCACUAUGAGGGGGGAGGCAUCGACAAGAAGACCAUGCACGCCAUGAACGUCAGAAAGCUGGCCAGUAAUAUCGCAUACAAAUCAGAGUAUGAGCAGGAGAAGAAUGUGCAGGGUGAGUACAACUAUCCAGCCACCAUUACACCAUCCUACCAGACACAGAAAAAACUGGAGCCUCUCAAGGAUAAAAACUAUAGACAACAUAUCGACAAACUGAAAUUCUGCCAGGUUACGGACACUCCUGAAAUUGUGCAAGCUAGAAUCAAUGCCCAUCAACUCAGUAAUCUGAACUACAAAGCUAACUAUGAGAAGACAAAGACACAGUAUACAAUAUCUCAAGAUACACCAGAACUUAAGAAGGCCAAAGCCAAUGCAGAACUCGUCAGUGAUAUCAAAUACAAAGAGAACUGGGAGAAGAAUAAAUCCAAAGCAUGUGAUAUUGGCCUGGACACACUGACAUUCAAAGCUGCUAAAGCUUCUCGAGAUCUUGCUAGUGAUAUCAAAUACAAGGAGUCAUACACAAAGAACAAGGACAAAGCCAUUGGAAUGGAUGUGAGUGACUCCAAAACACUUCAUUCCCUUCAAGUGGCCAAGCUGAGCAGUGAGGUCGCUUAUAAAAAGGGUUCUAAGGAGACUCAAUCCAAGUGCCACCUGCCCCUGGACAUGGUGAAUCUGAGCCAUGCUAAGAAGGCUCAGGCCUUGGCCAGUGAUUUGGACUACAGGAAGAAGUUGCACGAUUAUACCGUCCUGCCUGAUGACAUGAAAGUGCAGCAAGCUAAGAAAGCCUACCAACUGCAGAGUGAUAACCAGUACCGAUCAGACUUGACAUGGAUGAAGGGAGUGGGCUGGGAGGCUGAUGGCUGCCUGGAUGUGGAACAGGCCAAGAAAGCAGGAGAACUUGUUAGUGAGAAAAAGUAUCGUCAAAAAGUGGACCAUGUGAAAUUCACACAAGUGGCAGACACUCCUUCCAUCAUACACGCCAAGAAGAGUCAGGAACUACAAAGUGGGCUGGCAUACAAGGCAGGCACUGAACAGACAAUGCACCAGUAUACUAUGAGCAAAGAUGAGCCUCUCUUCAAGCAAGCCAAAGCUAAUGCAGAACUUCUCAGUGGGAAAACAUAUAAGAGUAGCUGGGAUGAGGAGAGGGAGAAGGGUUUUGAGCUAGGCAUGGACACACUUUCGAUUCUCAAUGCUAGAGCAACAAGAGAUCUCGCCAGUGAUGUAAAGUACAAGCAAGAAUAUGAGAUGGCAAAAGGGAAGAUGAUUGGUGUGAAGACCGUGUCAGGUGAUUCUCAGAUGGCGCAUUCAGCCCAGGCCACCAAACUCCAGAGUAACAGGCAAUAUAAGAAAGAAUAUGAGGAUACCAAGACCAAAUACAGUGCCUUACUUGAUAUGAUGACCCUCACGCAUGCCAAGAAAGCCCAGGAACUGGCUACUGAAACAAACUACAAAACGUUCUUACACAAGUACACCAGCCUACCCACUGAUAUGAAAAUGGAAUGGGCCAAGAAGGCCUACGGCCUACAGAGUGAUAAACGUUAUCGUUCUGACCUGAAUUGGAUGAAGGGGGUAGGCUGGGAGACCACCGGAUCCCUUGAUGUACUACAGGCCAGAAAGGCUACAGAUUUAGCCAGUGAGAAAAAAUACAGACAGGAUGUGAGUGCUCUGAAGUUCACCAGCGUGGAGGACACGCCAGAGAUGGUGCAGGCCAAAAUCAGCAGCAAACUGGUCCUUGAUAGAUUGUACAGAGAGAAAGGAGAGAACGAAAUGCACAAGUACACACUGAAGGGAGAUAUUCCAGAGCAUGUGCAGGCUAAGAUCAAUGCCACUAACCUCAGUGAGUCAUGUUACAAAAAGUCCUGGAAAAAGAUCAGAGAUGCUGGCUACAAGUUGCGCUUGGAUGCUAUUCCAUUCCAAGCAGCCAAAUCUUCUACAGAAAUCCUCAGUGAUCAAAAGUACAAGGCACAGUUUGAGAAGACAAAGGGGAAGAUGAUUGGGCUGAAGGGACUACAGGAUGACAUAAACAUUGCACACUCUGUGUAUGCCUCAAAGAUACAGAGUGAUAUCAAAUACAAAAAAGACUCUUCUAAGUUGCAUUCUGAGUUCCAUCUUCCAAUGGACAUGUUGGAGGUGAUUCAUGCUAAGAAGGCUCAGAAUCUGAUCAGUGAUCAGGACUACAGACUUACGUUGCACAAGUACACAACACUGCCUGAUGACCUCAAAGUGCAGGCUGCCAAGAAAGCAUAUAACCUGCAAAGUGAGAAACUGUACCGCUCUGAUCUAAAUUACCUCCGUGGUGCAGCCUGGAUUGCCACAGGUGCUCUACAGAUCGAAGGAUCCAAACGAGCCACAGAUCUAAUCAGUGAGAAAAAGUAUCGCCAGCAACCUUACGCUUUUAAACACACAUCCAUUACGGAUUCUCCAGAUAUUAUUCAUGCUAAGUUCAGUAACAAGAUCACUAAUGAGCGCUUGUACAAAGAAAAGGGAGAGAACUUCAGGCACAACUACACCAUUACAGCAGAGAGACCUGAAAUCACCCAGGCUAAGAUUAACGCUGCUAACUUCAGUGAUGUUAAGUACAAGGAGUCAUGGCACGUGCUCAGAGCUCAGGGUUAUAAACUCACCAUGAAGGAUAUCCCCUUCCAGGCUGCCAAAGCUUCCACCAGCAUUGCAAGUGAUUACCAGUACAAACACAACCAUCUAUUGGAGAAGGGAAAGCACAUUGGAUUGCGCAGUGUCCUGGAGGACUCACACCUAAUGCACUGCAUGGAGAUGGGUCGUCUACAGAGCAACCAGUACUAUCGCAAAAACGCCAUGUCCACCAGCGGCCAGUAUCACCUGCCUCUGGACAUGGUUAACCUUGUUCAUGCCAAGAAUGCCCAGGCCUUAGCCAGCGACCAGGAUUAUAAAACCCACAUACACUCUUACACUGUCCUACCUGAUGAUAUGAAGGUGCAGUGGGCCAAGAAGGCAUACGACCUGCAGAGCCAGAAUGUAUACAAAUCAGAUCUGAACUUCAUGAAGGGGGUGGCCUGGGACUCAGUGGGUGCACCCCAGCUGGAGUCUGCAAAGAAAGCUGGAGAGCUCAUUAGUGACAAGAAGUACCGUCAACACCCUGACAGCCUGAAGUUCACCCAAGUGGCUGAUUCACCAGAUAUUGUCCAUGCAAAGAACAGUUACAUGCAGUGUAGUGAGAGGUUGUAUAAGUCUGGAGAUUCCGAGUCCAUGCACAAAUUCACUUUGCCACCUGAUCAUCCUGACUUCAUCAGAGCAAAGAUCAAUGCUCAGCAAAUUAGCGAUAAAGUUUAUAAAACGUCAGGUGAGCAGGUGAAGUCAGCAGGCUUCGACCUCAGGUUAGACGCCAUUCCCUUCCAGACAGCCAAGGCCUCCAGAGAAAUUGCUAGUGAUUUUCGCUAUAAGGAGGCAUUCGUGAAGGACAAAGGCCACCAGGUGGGCCUCCUUAGUGUUGAGGAUGACCCCAAGAUGAGACAUUCACUGGCUGUGGGGAAGCUCCAGAGCAACAAUGAGUACAGGAAGCAGUUCCAGGAGACACGCUCUCAGUUUAAAAUCCAUGCUGACCAACCUGAGUUCCUGCAUGCAAAGAAGAGCCAGGCUCAACUCAGCAACCUUAACUAUCGCCAGCAGAUCCAUGGCUACACAUGUGAUCCUGAUCAGCUCAAUGUCAAACAUGCUAAACAGGCCUACCAACUGCAGAGUGAUGUGAAUUAUAAAUCAGAUCUGAACUGGAUUAAAGGUGUGGGCUGGACCCCUCCAGGCUCCCAUAAGGUAGAAAUGGCCCGCCGGGCAGCAGAACUGGGCCUGGCUGAAGGAGUAUCCACUGAAGAGGCUAUCGCUCAAUACCAGCAACUAAUGAUGCUCCAGAGACAGCAGCAGUCCGCCACAGAGCAGAUGGAGACAACAAAGGAGUUCCAGCAGCCUGGAGUCAAUCCUGAUGCCAUGGAGAUCCUCCAAGUCAAGAGAAAGAAGACCAUUCACACCACAUUCAAGCAGGCCAAGACCACAAAAUCCAUCACUUCACAGUCUCUUGCAUCCCACUCAAACACAAGUCAGUCUAUCACUAACCAGUCCACCAAGAAACAAUCCAUUAUGAGCCAAUCACAUGCUGACGAAUCCACAGCGAGGCAGAUCAGUGAAAACCAGGCCAUUACAGAUCAGGCUGCUGCAAAGUCAGGAGCAAUGUAAUCUGCAAUUUUUGUCUUCCAUACUUUCAUAUUUCUAAGUUAAUUUAUGAACAUCAUGUAGAUCUUGGUGUUCUUGACUGUAUUUUUAUUGAUCCAUGAAUGAGGGACAUUUAGAUGAAAGAUAUGAUUGAAAUGUGAAUGUGAAGAUGGUUGAAGUAAGUGCAGAAGGUGAAGGAUGAAAAAUGAAAUGGUUAAAUGGUUACUAUGAAAAAAUGAAGGUGAUUAUGGAUAUAAGGAUAUAUGGAGGUAUCAAACAAAGAUGGAGUGUAUACAAUUCACGUAAUAUAUAAAAGUGCCUUCACAAUAUUGAAAGGGUUUCUCUCUUUUUUUCUUUUUUUUCUUUUUUUUUUUGUUGUUGCUAGAAAUAUCAUAAGAAUGAGCCAGUUGCAAUGUGUGUGGUUGCUCUGAUCAUAUUUAUAACUUCUGAUUUUUUGCUCUGGUGGUCUCUGGUGGUACUGAAAUAGAGAUAUAUUUAAGAUACAGGUAUAUUAAAAAAUAUAUUGGAUAUGCUGUAUGUCUGAUAAGCUGAGCUUUAUAAGAAAAAAUAUGAAAAAAGAACUCUGCUAGCAGAGUUGAAAUAGCUGAAAUGUAAGUAAAUGUGUGAAUUAUUGCAUAUUAUAUAAUAAAGAUUUUUUUGGAAUGCCCUUCAUUAACCAUCUAACACAAUGUUUUUUUUUUGUUUGUUUGUUUGUUUUUUCUUCAACAAGCUUGAGCACUAGAGGGCAUUCACA